AAAACUUUUAAAAUGUUCAAGUUGGUGGUAUUGUCUGCUCUCCUGGCCGUAGCUGCUGCUCGCCCCAGUCUCAUCGAAUCCCACUCAGCGCUGCAAUUGGCACCUGCCGCCACCAUUGCCGUGCAAGAGCCUGUGCUCACCAGAGUGGGCUCCGUGGUGAAGAGCAUCCCCACUGCUGUCUCCCACCAGAGCUCCACCAUUGUGCACAGCUCUGCGCAUGUGGUUGAGGAUAUUGUUGCACCUGCUCUGAGGACUAGCGUUGUGGCCGCUCCAGCGUUGGUACAGUCUGUUGCUGCUGCUCCAGCGGUGGUACAAACCGUUGCCGCUGCUCCAGCAGUGGUACAAUCUGUUGCCGCUGCUCCAGUGCUGCACUCAGCUGCCGUACAAACUGUUGCCGCAGCUCCAUUGUUGCAACACGCUCCAGUUGCUCACUUAUCGGCACCUCUGACUAAUUUGCAUGCUGCAUCCCCCCUCGCUCAUGGCUUGUGGUAA